CCGAACGUGAAGGUAGAAAGAGGGUCCAGCAAGAGGAGCGCGGAGGUGGCCGGCAUGCAUCGAGGGCAUGCCUGCCGGAGUGUAGUACCUAUACCUCAGUCAAUUGUAGACCUGAUCCCUUGGUGUUCUAUUUGAAUGGCUACCGCAGAUUCCCCAUAGCCGUCGUUCACACAACCACAGCCGUCUUCCACCACCAUAGCCGACCUUUCGCAACGAAUCUCUCUCUGUAGCUGAAGUUGUGCCGUUAAGCCUUUGAUCGUAGUCAUCUCAUCGUAGCUUGGCUGUGCGUGCUAAUACCUUGCACUGGGCGGACACUUCUCGUCUGCGUUAUGUUAUAGAGUCGAGCGAUCUUGAGGUCGAACGCUUAUGCCUCGGAUGAUGUACAGCAUCGAGCCCGUCGAGGGGUUCCGUCCGCAUACUAACCAAUCCGACGUCGUCUUCACACACUUUCCGUAUUCAGUACGCCACACGUCCUCAUUCCCAAUCUAACAGAGAGCAAAUUCGCCCGUUCCCAUAGUACAUGGAAACGACAAAGAGUACAUCACUAAGAUCACACACCUCACCAAAACCAUCCAACCAGUUCGACGAAAUUACAGAUCCAUGCAUCAAUCUGGGUUACGCUGUCGAGUCGUCGGCUUCAAUACUUUCGAUCAUCAGCUGUGUGCUAUACCGAGCCCAACUGCCAAGUACUCGUUAAUACUCCGUCCGUCAUACGUCGACGAAUAGCUGCAUGUGCCUUUCGAUCUCUAAGCUAGUGCUGCAGUCCGGGGAUUGAUAGACGUUAUCUCUAAGCUCUUUAUGGAGUCCUUGAUUCGAUCUGUCUGCUAGACUGUCGUGACUUUCCCUUCCUUCUGGUCUCAUUACUGCCGUCCCUGUAAUCGUCAGCUUUUUGCUCUUUUUGCUCUACGUCUAUGGCGGUCAAACGCCUACAGUAAUUUUCGUUUUUCACUGAGCUUAUAUCAUUUUACCAUGCGAGCUGAUGCGCUCGGGGGGGUCAUCUUGUCUUUGUCUUUGCUUUUCUCUCUUAUCCCCUCUCUCUCGGCGUGUGUUGCUUCACAUACUUCCAGUGAUCUUCACUUGGCUGACGUACGUUGCAUGAGUGGUUUUUUUUCUCUACUGAGCUGAGUUCUUUUUCUCUACUAAGAGAAGAAGAAGUGGUUCGAGGACUGAUAGGAACGACAGCAGAGCAGAGAGGCCUUCCUCGGUAAUCGUGCCACACACUUAUGCAGUAGCUGAUCUCUUCGUCUUCUUAAGUGUUGCAGGGACAACGAGAGCGAGAGCAAUUAUAGUGGUAGUGCUUCUGACAAGUUCUGCCAGCUCCGGUCCGCAAGUCUUCGGACAUCUCGUCGUGGAACUCGUUUACUCGUUGUUGUGAAGGUUGAGGAUAUCAUAAUCAUGGCCGUUGCCAUGAUCUUGAAGCUGGGGACGAUGAUCUCCGGGCUGCUGGUUUGGGGGAUUGCUGUGAAUCUGCUUCUGCCUCUCCACAGCGCGCACCUGCACGUGCUGAGUCAGCGGGUGCCACUUCCGGGUCCCGACCUGAGGCAAUGCCUGAAGGGCAGUCCGUGCUGUCUUCAGGUGCCCGACGAUGGAACGGAGGCCGUGAAGUUCGAGCGCAACGCGUCCAUCCCCGUGCGGGAGCGUCUGUCAGCGAAGACGGCUCUGCAGAGCAGUGAGUACGUCAAGAAGCUGGCCAUGGCGUAUCGAAAGAUGAGAGAGCUUCAGCAUAACGAUCCGGAGGACCCGCGUGGCAUGGAACAGCAGCGACUGGUGCACUGCGUGUAUUGCUCCGGUGGCCUGGCGUACGGGCGCGAGUAUGACGUGCACAACAACUGGUUCUUCUUGCCUUGGCACAGAAUGUACCUCUACUUCCACGAGCGCAUCCUCGCGGCUAUGGUGGGCGAUCCGGACUUCCGCUUGGUCUUCUGGAGCUGGGACAGCAGGUCGGGCAGAGAGUUCCCAGCGGCGUUCCGGAGACCGUCCUCGCCUCUGUUCGAUCGAAACAGAAACGACAACGAUUGGAAUUUGAGAGCGCUGGUGAGCAAUGCGACGAGGAGGGAGAUGCUUAGAACAACGAUUGUGGACGCCGACACGCACGAGCUAUUUUUAGGCAGGCCCUUGGGGAGUGAGCAGGGCGGACUGAUCGAGACCGGAAGUCAUAAUGCAAUCCACGCGGCAGUGGGGAGGCAGACUCCGCCGUUCCACAACAUGGGCAACCUCAGCUGGGCGGCGGCCGACCCCGUCUUCUUCGCCCAUCAUGCCAACGUCGACAGGCUGUGGUGGGUAUGGCUGCGCCUACCCACAGCUACGACUACGAGGAGAUGUAAUCCUCCUGAUCAUACGUGGCGGUGCUCGAGAUUUGUCUUCUACGACGAGAACGCCGUCCUCACAUCGAUCUCGGUCAAAGACGUGCUGGAAACGGAGCAGAACCUGCGGUACACGUACGAGGACGUGGAGAACGACUGGCUGCCCUCGAGGGAGCAGAUGAUCCGCCGAUACGCGGAGCGCCGAAGGAAUAUUGCAUCUCUGUGGGAGAUCUCCUCUCGAGCCUCCACGUGGCCGACGCUCCUGCGCGCUGCCACUGCUGUGCGUUCGAGCGGCAAUAUCGUCGACUGCCCGCUCUUGGCCUUAGGACGAGGCAACAGACAGAGAACGGAACCCUUCGACAGCGAGAGCCCGCAAGGGGGAUACAGAGGUGAUAGCACAACAACUACUCGCACACCUGCGCACGCUUGCAGUGCGACGUCUGAGCACGCCGCAGCCUACGGGACACUGGUCGUCAGCCUGGACUCCUUCCAUCUCUCCUGUCAAUCGCCUUUCCUCUUCCACGUGUACAUCACCUGCACGUAUUGGAACGGUGAGGAAACGAUCAGCAGGCCGCAUUACCUGUCGUCGUUGUACUCCUUCCCGGCGUCGGGAUCCCGGACUCGCGUGACGCGGACCGUCCAGUUCCCCAUCGCAGAGGCGCUGGGCAGCGACCUCGAUCUCUGGGAGAGAGCGAACUGGACGCUCCGGAUCGUCCCACAGGAGCUCGGCACAGAGCCCAUGGGCACCUUGUCCCUCCUUCUCCCAUCCGUCCGCGUCGAGUGGCUGUACCCCACUAUUACCCAGCGGCGUGAACGACCAUGACCGCCAUCUGCCAAGGCAGCGGGCCAGCGGCUGAAUCAACGGCUAGGAUUACCAUUGCAAAGGCAGCUGCUCCCUUCUCCGCGGCGCCGCCGAUGCGCUCGAGGUGAGCUGCAAGCAAUCAUCUGUGUGACGAGUCCAUGAGAGCAGGCCGAAGACUCAGCGAACUGCGGGCUGAAGAUUCAGAGAGUGUUCCAAGAGAGCGGGCAUACAGCUGUACUUGCGAGAGCAAGCUAAUUAGAAUCGUCGGGCCUUUUUCCUCUCCCUAGGUGUUAGUGGUGUCUGCUCCUAUCAGCAGCACUAACACUGACGGGGUCGUUUUAAAAAAAAAAAAAAAAAAAAAAAAAAGAAUCGUCGGGCCUUUUUCAAAAAAAAACAAAAAAACGCAAUCGUCGGGUAGGUAGUGUGAGGUGAAAUUGAGAGAAGAAUAUAGCUUUUAUAUUAAAAAAAAAAAAAGAUUGCAUGAGCCUGGCGUCCGAAGUUCCCGUACGGCAAGGUUCGUCGGACUUCGUCCCCUUCCGCUUCCGCGGCCACGAGGGCUGGGGCCCUGGGGGGGUGGCCCAGCCUUGGUGCUUGUCACUGCUCUCUGGUCCACGUUGCCCUCGAUACUGGUAGGGUGAUGGUCCUGAGUGCUGGUCACACUGAGGUAGGAUAGUAGGGACAGGGGGUGCACUGAGAGUGUUAAUGUGGGGAUGGGUGGGGUAGCUGACCUACCCUGUCAGGGCAACCAUUGGCUGCCAUUGCCAGCAAUCACCGCGGGUAUGGUCCUUGGCCUCUACAACACCCUGGGCUUCAACGCGCGUGGCGUCCCAAAAACGUUCGCAAAAAUCUCGGCCGAGUGACCAGAACAUGGCCCCAGCCAAGUUGAGAACCCUAUUGAGCCCCUCCUAAAAUUUUGGAGCCUAGGGAAAGGCCAUCUUCAGGGCCCGUAGAAAAGAAGAAGGCCCCAUGCUGUGGGCUGGCACUAAGGGCGUACUCACAAAGCGGUGGCAUAGCAGCAAAAUCUGCAAAAUUUGCAAUCCCACUUUUGGUGAAGUACUACUACCCCGCCCGGUCACACGACCGGGACUUGCUGCCGAUUCCUGACUUGGUGCCUAUUGCCAAUUGCUGACAAGGUGCCUCCUGCCAGUUGCUGACAUGGUGCUUCGCGUUGUCACACUGCGCGAGGCCCAAAUCCUUCGAGUCUUAUUUUUCCUCCGGCUUGGAUCAGUCGAUAGACGCGCCCAAAUUUCCUCUCAUGAAAUGCCAAACUGAAAAAAAGGGGUACAAAAACGUCCUUUCCCACGGCUCGCCAGGCCGCUGACAUUUGCUACCUCGUUUGCUACCACGUUUGCUACAUUCCGCCCCUCGUGUGAAUGGCCCUAGCGUGAGUACGCCCUAAGACAAGCCCUGAACAAGAAAAACAAGCCUGCCCUCAAGGGGUACCUGUCCUGACUCCUGAGUCCCCUUACUGUCUCCAAACGUCCCUGGGCCAAGAAUCCUAUUGAGCCUCUCCUAAAAUCUCGGAGACUUGGGACAGGGCAUCCGAAGAGCUACAAAAUGGCUGGGAAGGGUACUGGUGGUUUAUACCACCAGUACCUUACCCCGCUUGAGAAUCAAUUCCACGCCGGGUUACGAGGAAGCCAAGUGGGAUCCGAGCGGGAUCCAGCCGCCGUCGAUAAACUUCGUCGGUGGCUUGUUUUCCGUUUCGGGACACUUUUCCACCUGCGGUCCAUAUGUGGGAAACCUGAACCAAAAACAAAAUUCCGCCGUUGUAUCCAAGGACGCUGGACCCGCUUUCCAGCAGGUGCCGCUUCCCACCAAUAGAUGGAGCAGCCCGGCAGCAAAGGCCUCAAUUCCAGCGGCUCUCCUACGCCCGCUGGCAUAGAGGCCUUACAGAAGGGCUUUUCACACAGACUCACAAAAAAAAAAUAAUAAUAAUAAUAAAUUAAUAGUAAUAAAAAUUCCACCAUCGGCUCACUUUUCUGUUUAGUACCUUGAUGCGUAAUUUUGAGCGGCGCUGGAACUACUGGGAAGUAAUUGUGAAAGAAUACAUGAAGUGCUACAUUUUGUAAGAUUUUGUUAGAAUUUGCUGGGACUACUGGGAUGUAAUUGAGAAUGAACAUAAUAAUAUUAUGUGGUGAUGCAUAUAUUAUGUGGGAAUGCAUAUACCUCCCUUGUUAGAUUGCAUUAUAUGUUGCUAUAUUUUGUUAGAUUCCCUCUGCUUUCCCUUGUUGGACCCUUCACAAUGGGACUUUUCUGACUUCGGUUGGGAUGGACUUGGCCGGAAGUGCCUCGCCCAGCCCGCAUGGCCGAGAUAUCAAUGCGUCUGGACCCGGUUUCCAGCACAAAAGGAAUGUUUUUUUUUUAUUAAAAAAAAAAAGAAUAAUAAUAAAACUUAAACAGUAGU